CCCUUCCACUCAAGAACAGAGAAAUUGGGGAGAAAGAGAAGCGGAGAAGAAGGAAAUCGUUCCAUUCUCUCUCUCUAUCUCCCCCUCUCCACUCACAUCUUCCUCUUCAUUUCUCUCUCUAAACUCUCUCUCUCCACUCACAUCUUCCUCGUCAUUUCUCUCUCUAAACUCUCGCCCACAGACAUAAACCAAUUCCUAACCUAACCCUAAUCCUUGCAUUCAUUAAUUAAAGAAAAAAAAAAAACAAAAGAUCUUUUCAUUUUUCAAAUACAAACGUCAUUGUUGUAUUUGUUAUGAAAUGGUGAACAUGCAGGCGUACGAUGAAAGCUGUAAUAGCACACCCAUGAUCAGAUUCCAGCGGAACGGGUCAUUGUCCUGUCCGGUCGAAUUCUUGCGCCGUGACGGCCAUCUGAGGAGGAGUUUUUCAUACAGCAAGAUACCCCAGAGGCCACUCAAGCUCACCGUUCUCAAAUUGGAUGGAUCUUCCUUCGAGAUUGAAGUGCCCAGGAAUGGGCAGGUGGUGGAGCUGAAGAAGGCAGUGGAGGCGGCGUUUAGUCAUUUACCCUACAAGGUCUCAUGGCCACACGUGUGGGGACAUUUUUGCUUGAGCCAUGAUUAUGAGAAGCUACUUUCUGAGUCUGAUCCUAUUGGACUUUACGGGAUCAGGGAUGGUGAUCAGCUUGAAUUUGUGCGACAUGUCUCAAUUUCUUACUUGGGAAAGCGAACAGAAAGAGAGGACGACCCUGAUCCCGAUCUCUAUGAACCCUGUUUUUCUAGUGGCUUUCAAGAUAAGCAUGCAAAAUGGUUAGAACAUGACAACCAUUACCUGGGGAAACUAGAGUACCAUAGAGUGGAUAUUUAUGAUGAUGUUGAGGAUGAAGAAAAGGAUUCUCUAAAUGGUAGUCCCCGGAGUAAUCGCAAGCACAAGUUGCUCCACAUUCUCAGGAAGUGGUUCACGCACCACCGCAAAUUGCAACGGAAAGAUGAACCAGCAAAUUUGGGUUUGUUUUCUGGUUCGAUAUCAGAAGCACACAACAAAGGAUUUUGUCGAAAAAUGGAUGGAUUUAUUGCUGCAUUUAUGUUGAUUGUAGCAAGAUAGAGCUGAUGAUGAACCUUUUUCUAUUGUUAUUCAUCGCUUCGGCUCAUGUUACUAGCAACCGCAGGGUUCUGCGCCUAUGUUGAUUGUAGCAAUAUAGAGUUGAUGUUGAUGAUGGGCAUUUUCUUCUUAGUAUAUUCUUCACCACAUUUUGCUAGCAGCCACAGGGUUUCAACUUUUAUGAGUUAAAUAGGAAAGCUAUGAUCUUGUUAGAAUGUUAGGCAGAGUACCAAAGGCUAUUCAUCUUGUAUCUUGAUUUACUGUAGUUUGUAUCUUAUAAUAAUCAAAUUCAUCUUUAAUCCCUUUUCA